UGCAAUGACUCAUUGAAACAUCUUCUGUGCUGAUAAAGCCGCAUCUCUAUUCUCCCCCACCACAUACACACACAUUCUCCCACAAACACACACAUACAUAGGACGUAUAGUUGGGCUGCCUUCAGUACAUCGGGACUGCGCUUCUUACUUUGGAUUUGCAGAGCAGCUGGCUGGACGUGGACUUUAUUGUAUUUUUCCUGUAUGUGGUGUGUAUUUCGCCUGAAGUCGGGACUUGCACAAAAGAGUGAGACGGUGGAGAUACUGGCUGAGAAUCCCAUCAAGCUGGAGCCCAGGUAACCAAAGAGCAUCCUAGGCUCUCUCCUGUUCUGGACGGGGGGAGUUGUACAGCAGCCGCAGAUGUCCAUGCAGGCUCUCGGGAUGGGGAGCUCUGAAAAAGCUGCUUUGAUUGGCUGGGGCUCCGUCUCUCAGCUCACAGCCUGAGGAGGAGCAGGAGGUAUCUCGGUGGAGGGGGCAGGAGGGGUGCCAAGGACCCGAGGGUGGACCAUAACCACAACCUACCAGGCUCAGCACAGCAGGAGCAUGUCCGCGCCCGGAGGGCUUUCAUGGAUGUGUCCCGCCACAGCCAAGGCUAGCCUUCUGCUCUGGAUGGGGCUCACGUCCAUCUGUGUGGCCACCGUUCAGGCCCAGCAGCCCCCUGUGGUUACCACAAAUUAUGGGAAAUUGCGGGGAGUGAAAGUUAUAUUACCCAAUGAGAUUCUGGGACCAGUGGAGCAGUAUUUGGGGAUCCCAUAUGCAUUGGCCCCAACGGGGGAACGGAGGUUCCAGCCGCCAGAGUCACCCAUGUCCUGGCCGGGCAUCAGGAAUGCUACUCAGUUUGCUCCAGUUUGUCCUCAGUUCUUAGAGGACCGCUUUUUACUCAAUGAUAUGCUGCCUGUGUGGUUCACCGCCAACUUGGAUACAGUGGUAACCUAUGUGCAGGAGCAGAGCGAGGACUGCCUUUACCUGAACAUCUACGUUCCCACAGAGAAUGGAGCCAACUCAAACAGACAAGGCGCAGAUUUCAACAGUAAUGAUGAUGGCGAUAUCCAUGCUGAGGACGGGUUAAAGCCAGUCAUGGUUUACAUCCAUGGAGGCUCCUACAUGGAGGGAACAGGCAACAUGAUUGACGGCAGCAUCCUGGCCAGCUACGGGAAUGUCAUUGUCAUCACAAUCAACUACCGGCUCGGAGUUCUGGGCUUUCUAAGCACAGGAGACCAGGCAGCCAAGGGCAACUACGGCCUGCUGGAUCAAAUUCAGGCUCUCAGGUGGAUCAAAGAGAACAUCCAGGCCUUCAAAGGAGACCCAAAGAGAGUGACCAUUUUUGGCUCUGGUGCUGGAGCAUCAUGCGUCAGCCUGCUCACCCUCUCGCAUUACUCAGAAGAUCUGUUCCAGAAAGCCAUCAUCCAGAGUGGCACAGCACUGUCCAGCUGGGCGGUCAACUACCAGCCUGCCAAGUACACGCGAGCCCUGGCUGAGAAGGUGGGCUGUAACAUGCUGGACACCAUUGACCUGGUGGAGUGCCUGCAGAACAAGAACUACAAGGAGCUGAUCGAGCAGUACAUCACCCCGGCAAAGUACCACAUUGCUUUCGGCCCUGUGAUUGAUGGCGACGUGAUCCCGGAUGACCCCCAGAUCCUCAUGGAGCAAGGGGAGUUCCUCAACUACGACAUCAUGCUGGGGGUCAAUCAGGGCGAGGGAUUCAAGUUCGUAGAUGGCAUCGUGGACAGCGAGGACGGGGUGUCCGCCAAUGAUUUUGACUUUGCUGUGUCGGACUUUGUCGAUCACCUGUAUGGCUACCCAGAGGGCAAGGACACUCUGCGCGAAACCAUCAAAUUCAUGUACACGGACUGGGCAGACAAGGAGAACCCAGAAACCCGGCGCAAGACCCUGGUGGCUCUGUUCACUGACCACCAGUGGGUGGCGCCAGCAGUGGCUACAGCUGACCUCCACGCCCAGUAUGGCUCCCCCACCUACUUCUAUGCUUUCUACCACCACUGUCAAAGCGACAUGAAGCCCAGCUGGGCCGAUUCAGCCCAUGGUGAUGAGGUACCAUAUGUGUUUGGAAUCCCUAUGAUCGGUCCCACAGAUCUCUUCAACUGCAACUUCUCCAAGAAUGAUGUGAUGCUGAGUGCUGUCGUCAUGACCUACUGGACUAACUUUGCUAAAACAGGGGACCCAAACCAACCGGUUCCACAGGAUACAAAGUUCAUCCACACAAAGCCAAACCGGUUUGAAGAGGUAGCCUGGACCAAGUACAACCCUAAGGACCAGCUCUACCUACACAUCGGCCUCAAACCUCGAGUUCGAGACCACUACCGCGCCACCAAGGUCGCCUUCUGGCUGGAACUGGUUCCACAUCUCCACAACAUAAAUGAGUUUUUUCAAUAUGUAUCAACCACCACCAAAAUACCUCCACAGGACACCACCCCGUACCCCUACACCAAGCGAUUCCCAGGCAAAAACAACUGGCCCUCCACUACCCGCCACCCAGGUGUCCCACCUGCUAACACCAAGCAGACCACCGACCAACGCAAGAGUGGCGACCUCACCGAUGAGUCAACUGUGGUGAUCGAGACCAAGCGGGACUACUCCACCGAGCUGAGUGUCACCAUUGCCGUGGGAGCCUCCCUCCUCUUCUUGAAUAUCUUGGCCUUUGCUGCGCUCUACUAUAAAAAAGACAAGCGGCGACACGAGUCCAACCGGCGUGUCCCCACCCCACAGCGCAACUCCGCCCCAACCAACACGCCGUCCACCACCAACGACGUGGCCCACCUGCAGAGCGAGGAGCUGAUGUCACUGCAGAUGAAGCAGCAGCAGCUGGAGCAUGAGCACCACCAUGAGUGUGAGUCGCUGCAGGCCCACGACACACUGCGCCUCACCUGCCCACCCGACUACACCCUCACCUUGCGUCGGUCGCCUGACGACAUACCCCUGAUGACGCCCAGCACCAUCACCAUGAUCCCCAACUCGCUGGCUGGCAUGCAGCCUCUGCACAACUUCAACACUUUUGGUGGCAGCCAGAACAGUACCAACUUGCCCCACGGCCACUCCACCACACGGGUAUAGCUCCGCUGGGACGGGACGGAGACGGAUUCCCUCUGGAUCAGCCAGGCCACUUUGCAAAGGCAAAUAUGAGUGACUGACUGUGUGAAGCACAGACUCCAAAGUCUCAGCAGAUGUUAUUUUGCUACCAUGCCUUCUUGAAAAGUAUAUACAGUAUAAGGUGAUUAUGAACUCGUGAAAAUAUAAAAGUGAAUGUUACUAUAGUAAUAACUCUAUCUGGAGCUAAGCUUCAUGGAAGGUUUUCGAGGAGUUUUACCAAAAGAAAAGGCAACCAGGGGAUGACUGUUAAUAUUCUUACAAUACAAAAUGAACUGUUUCAGUGUGACAAAGAAGCCUUUGCUGAGGCUUUUGUGCCAUAAAUACACAAUAGGAAGACAGUUGCAACAGUUGUUGAAAAGCAACAAUUGAGCGUCUGGAACAUCAUCUUUUCAUCAUCCAUGCAUCAGACACCUGACUUGGGCACAGAAUUCUACACCCCAGCCUGAAAUGUAUUUAUGAAAACUUUGUUAAAAAAAAAGGAAAAAAAGGUAUAUAGUU